UCCCACCUCAGCCGCGCCCCGGCUGGUCAUGGAGCAGCAGGGGUUGGAUGCGAAACAGAACCCCAUCCACCAGUGGCUGGCAGUUCCAAGCAAAGCUUCUCGCGCCCAGUUGCGCCUCUGGCGAUCUAUCCAGGCUUGACUCCGCCUGCCUUGGUAGGGAUUCGGCAUACUCCGUAUUCCUCCCAACCAUUCAUUCAUUGAAGUUGAAUGGAAGGCAAAUCCAUUGAUUUUACCGCUAUCCGUAUUCUUGGUUCAGCUCCCAAUCACAAGGUGAAAAAGCAUUCCGCUUCAGUGCUACGUUACCCAGAACAGAAGUUUUCAGCAGCCACCCGCGAAAACAAUUCGAUCACGAAAAGGAAACAACGAGGAGGGUGGGCCUUUGCUCCUGACGACGAGGCUGCAUUGGCCCGGUGUGUUGGGACUGCUUGGGUAGCGUACAUUAUGUAUUCCACAAUACAAUACACCUACGUUACAGUACUGCGUUCCUGCCACCCGAUUAAGGGCUGGACCAUGCAGGAGAAGCUGGUUUCUUUUCUCCUUUUUCUCCUGUUUCUUUUCCUGUUCUUCCCCUUUCUUUCUGAAGACGAUUCGCCGGACCGUGGCAUAUUUUGUGGGAAUAUCCGUAGAAGCCAGGACAAUGAAGCAUACCGGUAGUAGAAACAUUACAAGACCCACAAAAAGGUGUUGUAUGUACUGUACAGUACGACUACAAGUACCGUACAUGAACAUCAAAUGAUCAUACAUGCACGGAUAGCGUGUGAUGUACUCCAGGUUCGCCUGUAGCCGUAAUAACAGGAAAAGUUUU